UAUUGGCCUAUGUAUCCCGAUGUGUGGUUCCGUGAUUACUAAGACUAGUAUAAAGAAACACUGAAUUCCAUUGUCAUCUACAUUUCAAAACAUUUCAUGAUUUUGACAGAUUAUGACUCGGUAUCAGAAUUCAAGCGUAUCACAACAAUUUCUGGCAGAACCGUUGGCACCAGCACCAGCACCAGCACCAGCACCAACACCAACACCAGCACCAGCGUCCCCAGCACGUGACUAUAAUCUGUUGUCCAAGGUACUGGAAAACGGUGGAGAGAAGAUCAAGCACGACAACCACGAACAAGACGAGGACCAGGAAACCGUUAGAUCGGUACAAGAUCAAGAACCUCCCUACUAUCCGGACGGGGGCCGACAAGCAUAUCUUUCACUUUUGGGGUGUUUUUUGUCGCUUACAGCCACAAUCGGCUUAACUAAUGCCAAUGGUACCAUUGAAAAUUAUGUCGCAGAUAAAAUACUAUACAAACUACUGGCAUCUGACAUUUCGUGGAUUUUUUCGGUGUUUAACUUGACAUCUUUUGGGGCUAUCAUUUUCCUAGGUCCGUUGUAUGUACAAAUCGGGGUUCGGGCCAUGUUUAUAAUUUCCUGGGUAUUGUUUGGCGUGGGGCUUAUGUGCUUUUCGGUGUCUCGCGAGCUUUACCAGUUUAUCCUAAGCUACUUUGUAUGUGGAAUGGGACUCCUGUUUCUGUUCACGGCCUCCAUAAACACAGUUACCCAGUGGUUUAAUAAACGUCGGUCGACUGCCGUGGGCGUAAUGUACAUUGGAAGUGGUAUUGGAGGCAUUGUUAUUCCCAUAGUGCUCAAGGCGCUUUUCGCAGCCGUGGGCUUUGGCUGGGCCAUCCGGAUUUUGGCAUUUAUUGCAUUGAUGAUAAUGGCCAUUUCGGUGUUGUUGACAACCGAUAGACGGAAAGAGUUGGGCCUUGAUCACCUGGGGAAUCCUAUAAUAGGGGCCAUCAAAGGAGUAGACUUCUCUAGAGUGAAAGAGCCGCUAUAUUUAGUGUACUUGGUUGCAUGUAUUGGUAACAGUGGACCAUUUUUUCUUACCUUGAAUUACCUCGUGUCGUAUGCCACAGCAAAUGGCUGGGACGAAGGGUUGGCAUACUACCUUCCGGUGGCAUAUAACGCCGCUUCGAUUUUGGGUAGGGUGAUUGGGGGGUACCUUUCAGAUCGUUAUGGUCGGUUUAACAUAUUUAUUUGUGCGAAUGCCAUUGCUGCAAUUGCGGUGUUUGUGUGUUGGAUUCCACCAACUAUUGGCCACUCAAAAGGAGGUCUCUUUGCGUUUGCAGUGAUUGGAGGGUUCACUUCAGGCAGUUAUUUUCAGAGCUCUCCCACCUGUUUGGCACAAAUCUCCGAUCCUAAACGAUUUAGUGCUCAGUUUGGUGCAUUCAGCUGUGUGAUAGCUAUUUUCAACUUUGCCUUUUUACCGAUUGGAGGCGCCAUAAUUCUGGCAGGAGGUGGUGGAGGACCUGGCUACGAUAAGUUUGUGAUUCUCGUGGCGGUUUUGCAGUUUUUGGGGUUGGCAUUUUCGAUUAUCACUAGAGUGAUGCUAGAAGGUUUUCGUUUGACGGCGGUAUGAUAUGGAGGGAAGACUGGGUUAUAGGGUUUGACGGGCAUACAUAUAGAUAUAGAAUUUAACUAAUAUAAGGUAUGGGAAGGUUGUGUACGGGUUAUAUACUAAUGGAUAUAGAGGAAUUUGCAAUCGCUUUAAUUUGCAGCCAGUUGCGCAAGUCAAAUAAACAGUUUUUGCUUAUUGAAAGAAAAUGUAUCACUAACACCUUCAAAUCUAGAACAGAUCAACUUGGGAUGCUCGUUCAAGAAUGUCAAACUCCAUUGGGACUUCAAAAGACGAAACUCAAAUACAUCCCCCUGGAUAGCAUCUGUCAAUCGCCUUUUUUUGCUGGCAGGACUGCUUUCAUCCUUGGACUUGUCGUCAGCAUACACGAUCCGACCCUCAGAGAUAAUAGCCGAAUUAAACGUAUGGGCGAUUUCCUCGGCUGAAACGCCCAAAAAAUCGUACACCCAGGUAUUUUUCAUUUCUAAUCCAUUUAUGACUGAAUGGCAAUCAAGCAAGGUGGUGAUAAAUGAAACACUGAAGUUGAAAGGUCCUUGGGUGACGUCACAAAUCCACGACUCAGGGUGAGCCACGUCCUGAAAUAGUUUCUUUACUUUAUGCCCAAUGGCACCUGAGAACUUGGUGGUUACAAGUUUGAGGGUUUUAUUCAAAUAAAGCUUAACGUCAUGGAAUUGGGACUGUGGUCCACCCAAAGAAUCGCUUUCAUAGUCCACUUGGAAUACCAAGUUUCGACGAGGCUCUCGGGCAAUGUAUGGUCUUUGGUAUUGAACGUAUGCUUCCAUGCCCUCAGGCACUUGCGGUAUUGAAAUGUAUUUGGGCAGCACGUCAUUCACGUUUAUGAUGAUUUCUUCACUAUCAGGUGUAUAUGGGUUCCGUGUGACGGCGUGCUUGAUGAUCCGUUGUUCAAGUUCUAAAAACCGAUAGUAGCGACACUCUCGCAUAAGUACCCGUCUGUGUGUAUCAUCUCUGAUAACCUCCAAGUUCCCUCGAAGCAACUCCAAUAUAUCAGCAAAGAGCCUGGCUGACCGUGUAGGAGCCUCGGCUGACUUGGCCGGCGGGGGUCGGAGCAAUUGUCGUUUCUGAACAACUUCAAGACUUAGGAUUCUCUGAUCAAGUGGGUUGUUGAUGGUCAAGUAAUUGGGAUAAUUUCCUGGUGCCGCAAUGAGAGAUUUGGGGACUUUGAACGGAGUGGACCCCACACGUAUGAAAAGGUAUUCUUUACCAAGAAUAGCUGAAAGACGGUUUAGCCCAAAGUAAGCAGCAUCUUGGGCCAAAAACACAGAAAUUCUGUCGUCAUCUUCGUCCACCAGCACGUAGUAGCCUUGGAGAUGAACACAGAUUCUCUCGAACACUUCGGGAGACCUGUCGAGGAAGAGAGUCUUAUCGGUGUUUUCUGGUUGCAUGAAGUAGUUUGUGAAAUAGGAUGGGCCAUCCGAUGAGAGUGAUGCUCCACUCAAUUUGAAAAGCCGAGAGCCGACUUGGAUAUUGUAGAUGUUGGAGUGAGGGAGGAUCACUGGGAUAUCAUUGGAAUACUCGUGGGUGGCGUUGUCGAGUGGGUUCAUAGUGAUCAAGCACGGCUUUGCUUAGGUGAAAAAUGAAAUGGUGCGAAUCAUAGGG